AAUGUUAUUGUGUGCCAGGCGCGUCCUUCAAGAAUUUGCGGUGUUUGUCCGGUCAACCUACUGCUUUACCUAACAUGUCACCUACAUAAGCUUCAUCACUUCAUAAUCGAAACAAAUCACAUCUGUUCAGAAUUCUUACCUAGAUAGUAUUUCAAUCCGCUGAUGUAAAAAGCCGCUUUUUGUGCAAUGGAUCCUGGAGCAAAUGAUUAUCCAAGUGGAAACGUGAAUACAAAUGUACGGAACAAUCCUUUCCGUAUUUCUCCUGGAAAUCCAUUAGAUAAUUCAAUGAAUAUUAGUGGGCCCUCAUCUGUUGGUUACGCAAAUAACUCUGGUCACGACAAAGAGGGUUUUCUAUGCCUAAAUCGUACUCAAACGGAUUACGUCCAAAAUCAUCAAUACAUCCAGAGUGUCCAUAAUGAUAGCAGUAACAAUAGUCAUUAUUGCGGCAACUUCAACGAGUUCUCUCAGAGUGGUUCUCGGAAACACCCUUUGUCUGGUGUCGUCCGAACCAGAAGACGAAAAGCUGGAAUAAGUGAGGAAGAACGUGUUUGUAUUGUAUGUAGUGAACCAGCAUCUGGCUAUAAUUUUGAUCGUUUGACUUGCGAAAGUUGCAAGGCGUUUUUUCGCAGAAACGCACUCAAGCCUAGGGAUAAAAUAAAAGCUUGUAAUCGAGGUGGGGGGUGUGCUAUUGAAGGCAAUCAACGUAAACACUGCCCUUCGUGCAGGCUUGAAAAAUGUUUGGCUGUUGGGAUGAAAAGAGAGUUGAUACUACCACCUGAAAAACUUGAACAACGAGCUAAACCUCGACGCCGCAAGCACCAUUCUCCUCAGGAUAGCAGUUCCUCACCUCAGAAUUUGUUAACUGGACCUUCUUCAGUUGGCAGUAGUAACACAAAUGCUUAUCCUCCCUAUUUACCAUCUCCUUUAACUACAUCAUCUCACCCACAACAUGGAUCUAGUCAAACAUCUUACAAUUCUUCAUUCAUUUCUGGAGCUAGCAGACCACUACAUCUGAUAAAUCCUGUCAAAUUUUCUAGUUAUGUGAAUUCAAGUCAUUGCAGUGACUUAUCAUUAACUACGGAUACAUUUAAUUCCUCUGGUACUUUAGAAACCAAAGAAUGUAACUUCCCAAAUAGUUCAAUAAAAAUCCCUGUAAUUGGAAAAUCCGAUGAAUUAUUUAUGCCACCUGUAAAUCAAGAUCAAAAUCUGAAUGAGAAAUUUUUAUCUCUUGAAUCAUCUCAACAGUCAGAUAGUUGUUGUAAAGCACGUCAUAGGCUGUGCCUCACACAGUGUCGCAAGUCUAGUGGUCGCACUUUUUGUCAACACCGCAGUUGUCGACUUCGUUCUCGGAAACGUCGACUACGACGACAACGUACUUUGUCUGGGUCUAAAUGUUUUCGUUCUCCUCUUAUGCAUAUAACUUCACCGGAUCCUCACCUAUUAAGUUGUUUGCAAGGUUGUGUUCAUCGUAUCCGAGAACCAUUUACCCCGGAUGAACAACUCGAAACUGGUAUUGCUGUCACAUUGGAACAAGAGUAUAAUCGAAUGGAUGCAUGCAUUCGGAGGAUAAUACGGGUUGUUAAACAGUUGCCUUAUUUUAGUGAAGUUGGUAAACCUGCUCAACUAAGUUUGUUAAGAACAAACAUUUACGGAUUGAUUGUACUAUAUUCGUCUUUUUUCUUCGAACGUGAUAUUCGAAAAUUAAGAUAUCCUGUAUUACAAACUGAUGGUCAGUUAACCACCGUAACAGUUUCAAUGCUGGAUGAAGUAGCCACUCCUAGCACCUCUUUGAAUGAUCCAGACAAUGUGAUCUCUGGAUCAUGUUCUAAAUUGCUUCAAAGUAAUAGUUUCCGAUCAUUUUCACGUUGUCGUUCUAACCAAGCAAACUAUGCUAUGGGUUUACGUGAAGAAUUUGAAUUGUAUAAAUCGAAUACCGUCGCUGCUUUUGAUCAUUUAGAUGAGUUAGUUGGUUCAGAUGAUAUUCUUCGAAUGUCUGUUUUAGCCAUCAAACUAUUCUCUGAUAAUUCUCUUUCUGAAGAUCUACGUCCUCCUGUGUUUGCCGCUAGACAGGCCUAUACUUUAUUUCUUUGGAAUUAUAUUCGUUGGCAAGCAGGCUCUAAACGUGUGCGGUCUGCCACCGAACUUUACGCCCGUAUCUUAAUAGCUUUUAUUGAUUUACGAACCCUGGAAAUUCGUAUGACAGAAUUCGCUAAACUACUCAGUUUAGAUGGCCUCAGUCCAUUAAUGCGUGAGGUUUGUAGUCAACGAAGCAAUUUAGGAUCAACUUCCGCAUAAAACUUUAUGAGCAAUCAAAUAUUCGUUAAAAGUAACAACGAUGUGUUAUCCGAAAUAAACAGUUUAUCUAACAACCUUCCUUUUAUAAACUUAUUCUGUAUAGUAUGAACAACAACAUUUUGUUUCGUUUUGAUUUAUUAUUUGUGUUGGGAAAAAGACAAAAAUAAUUAAAAUUUGCAUAUUAUAUUAUUAUUGUAUUCAUAGAAAGUGAAUAGUUGUACACCAUUACUAACACAAUAUCUGUUAUUACUGUUUACUUAACUUUUAAUACUGCAACUAUGACUACUACUUCAACUACUUAUUGGUCCGUCUUUCGUCUAAUAAUAUAAGAAAUGAAUUAAUCUCCUUUCUUUGAGUUCAGACUGUAGAAAUGAAAUCUAUUUGGUAACUGUGAUUGUGCACUAAUCUGUAGGUCUUUUUGUGUAAAUGUGUGUCCACUGGGCACUGGUAUUUAUACAUUCAUCAUUGUGAUUGCAAAAAUAAUUAACAAUUCUAUUUCGGGAGUGUUGUUGUGUUUUGUUUCUUUUUAUUACUGGCUAAAAGAAUGAAGUAGAGAAGUAGUGUUUUCACAUUUAUUUAUUUAUAAUUUUAACAAGAUUCUGUAUUUGAUGGGUUAUGUUUUUUGUCCUGUUUAGUAUUUUGUUUAUGUUUGCUUUUACGUGUUCCGAUUUCCUGUUUAUUCCCACUACAUCUUAUCUACAUUUCUACCCGACUAUCCACCUUCUUAAGCUUAUGCUGUACUCACUAUACUCCUUGUGUUAAUCUUAAACAGGUAAUUAAGCAUUCUGUAAACAAUAGAUGCUUUUGUUAUAACUACCUCAGUUUGCAGUGAUAUUUGUAAUGGUACUAUACUACCCAACAGUAAACGUAUAUUUAUGUAAAGUGCUAGUCAAUUAGGUUAUUUGGACAUUAUAUAAACCGUAAUACUAAUAAUAAUUUAUUUGCUUUCAAUUUUUUUUAAAGUAUAAAUAUUUAUAUAAACUAUAAAAUAUGUGUUCCCUUCAAAUAUAUAUUUCUAACCUA